AUGAGCAGAGAUAAAGACACAGUUCACGCCGAUGCGCGACGCUUCCUCGAUGAGCGCGGCUCAAAUGUCUCGGUUGCGCCAAACGGCCUCAAUCCCGCGACCAUCAUGGAAAAGGCCGUCAGGGAUCGCAUCGUCGACUCGAUAUACUACAAAAUGCAAUGCUUUGCGUGUAACGAAGCCGAUAUUGUCGAUCGCGUCGUAGAAGACGUGAAAUUUAUCGGAGGUACAUAUGGAACGACACAAGUACCCAGCCCGUUUUUGUGUCUUGCCUUUAAGCUUCUCGAGCUCGCGCCCAGCGAUGCGGUCCUCCUGGAAUACCUAAAAUUCGGCGGUGAAGCCUUCAAAUACCUGCGCGCGCUUGCAUGCUUCUACUUCCGACUCACACGACAAGCGAAGGAUGUAUAUGAGAUGCUGGAACCAUUUCUUGAGGAUAGGCGCAAGUUGAGACGGCGAGGCAGGGAAGGUGUGAAGUUAUCAUACAUGGAUGAUUUCGUGGACGAACUUUUGACAAAGGAGCGUGUAUGCGGUACGAGUUUGUGGAAAAUGCCAAAACGAGAGGUUCUUGAGGAUCUGGAACUUUUAGAGCCAAGAGUCAGCCCUCUUGGUGACCUUGAGGAUCUUUUGGAGGAAGAAGAUGAGGCGGAGAAAGAGAACGGAACGAGAGAGGAAUCAGGAGAGAUCUCAGACGGAGAUGUGAUGGAGGUUGACCGGGAUGAAAGAAGGAGAAGCCAAAGUCGGAGCCGAUCACGAAGCCGGUCUCCAACUCGAAACCGCAGCCGAAGUCGUUCACCUUGA